GGAGACAGCACUGCAGCACUCACAGCUCAGCAGUGAACCCCAACACGCAGCAACGCCACGAUGAGAGUGUCUAUCGCCAUGAUGUUCGGGGUCCUGGUCCUGGCCGCCUGUCUCUUCCCCGCCACCGCUGCCCCGAACCCACUGAGGAGCCUGAACCUUGAAGAUGGCGACAGUACCAGCAACAGUUCCCAGCAGGGGCUCGUGAAGAGGAGCCUGAACCUUGAAGAUGGCGACAGUACCAGCAACAGUUCCCAGCAGGGACUCGUGAAGAGGAGCCUGAACCUUGAAGUUGGCGACAGUACCAGCAACAGUUCCCAGCAGGGACUCGUGAAGAGGAGCCUGAACCUUGAAGAUGGCGACAGUAACAGCGACGGUACCAGCAACAGUUCCCAGCAGGGGCUCGAGUAGAGCUCGCCUUAAUUAAGGAGACAGACAACCAUGCCAGUGGCAGCCACCGUUGCCUCCCCUCCCCCCACCGUUCUUCCUACGUCAUCCGUAGGGCUCCGAACAAAGUGAUCUCUCUCUCUCUCUCUCUCUCUCUCUCUCUAUCUAUCUAUCUAUCUAUCUAUCUAUCUCUAUCUAUCUCUAUCUAUCAAUCUACAUCUCUCCUGUUCAUCGCCUCUGAUCAAGAACAAGAGGAAUCAAGAGGAAGAGGAGGGCGAGGAGGGUCUGGCUGUCUCCGCGCUUUGUCUGUCGCCGCACAACACAACGACGACGACGACCUACGAGGAACGACUCAGCUUGAUCUUCCGUCGUGUUUUAGUCAUUUCGUUCUGGCCCCAAGACUUCGCAGUCACCUUUGUCCCUUCUGAAUGACGAGAUCCGGGAGGCAAUACUUUCCUUAUGGCAGGGAAGGUAGCCAUUGCCUCCCCCCAGUUAGCAAACCACUUCCCUCCCUAACACUUACAUUGAUCAACUGCCGAAAAUUUCAUGCCAUAAUUUCAUAAUGUUUCAGAACUCUUGAAAUGCUUAUUUUCAUUUGAUUCCUAAAUUUCUUUAAUAAACGCAUUCACCUA